GCCAGAACGAGUGCAGACUGAGGGAAGGCGAAAACUUAUGUCUUGGUUGAAUCAGCAAAUGAAAAUUAAUUUAAUAGAUGGUCGCAUUUUGGUAGGAACAUUUGUUUGUACUGAUAAAGAUGCUCAUAUAAUACUUAGUACAUGUUAUGAAUACUUUAACGAAAAAGAUUUAGAUACUGGAGAAUCUCGACUUUUAGGUUUAGUAAUGAUUCCUGGGCGUCAUAUUAUUUCAAUUCAUACAGAUGUACAGCAAACAAAUGAACAACCUAUAAGUUCAUAAAAUUUUGAAGAAACAUGAAAGUACUAAAUAAGUGCAAUUAUAAUGUAAUUGUUGUGCAUACUUUGUUUACUUUUAUUGUUGAUAUUUAAACAAUUGAAUAAUAUAUAAUAUAAAAGUUCUAAAACAUUGACACUUUUUGAAGGAUAGAUAAAAAAAAAAUUAAAAAUUCAGAAACUUCAUGUAAUAGAUUAUCUAUCUUGUAAUAAAUAUUGAUCUUUUAUACUAUUUAUAUUUUAUAAUCAAUUGCAAUACAUUAAUUUUUGCUUGUUAUAAUCACCGAUUUAUAAAACUGUUUGUAGGAAUCUAAAAUUUAAAACCUAAGUUAAAUUGUAUGUUUGCGAUGAUAAAUUGGUAUUUUAUUGGAUAUUAUAUUCUCUGUGUGAAGAAUAAUUGUCUUUCCUUUAUAGCUUUAGAUUACCAGAGCUGAUUUUAAUCAUGAAAUAAUUUUAGAUUGAAAAUAAACAUGUGACACUUAAGUGCAAUCAA